UGGGGUCGCCGCCUGACUCAGCUGGAGGAACUAGGGGCCGGGAGGAUGCCGCGAAGCAGCGAGGACGGCCGAGGGGGGGCGGGGCCUGGUCCGUGGGCGGUGCUAAGUCUGGGCGGGGGCGCGGUCACCGCCGUGGCUUCCCGCGGAGGCUGAGGCGGCCACGUCCCGCUCCCGCUGGGUGUAGGGGCCCCCGGAGUUUGCUGUCCUCAAGACCUCCAGACAUGUCCGAGGUGAAGAGCCGGAAGAAGUCGGGGCCCAAGGGAGCCCCCGCGGAUCCCGGGAAGCGGAGCGAGGGCGGCAAGAGCGCCGAGGCGCGGGACGGUGCAAGCGGGGGCUGGGUGGACCCCCGGACCGGCGUGAGCCUGCUGUCGCUGGGCAUGUGCCUGGGCCUGGCCUGGUUUGUAUUUCAACAAUCGGAAAAGUUUGCAAAGGUGGAAAACCAAUACCAGUUACUGAAAAUAGAAAACAACGAAUUCCAAGGGCUGCAAAGUAAAAUCAGUUUAAUUUCAGAAAAGCUUGAGUCUACUGAAAGUAUCCUGCAAGAAGCUACGUCAUCCAUGUCUUUGGUGACCCAGGUUGAGCAGGAAGUAUCCAACCUCCAGCAUAUCAUGCAUGACAUUCAAAUUAGUGAAGAGAUGCUCGCUCAAAAGAUGCAAAGCCUUAAUGAGAAGUUCCAAAAUGUCACAAAUUUCUGGGAGAGAAGCCUGGAAGAAAUGAAUGCUAAUACAGACACUUUCAAAUCAGAAUCAAAGCAUAUGCAUUCGCAAGUGACUGUUCAGAUUAACUCAGCUGAACAAGGAAUAAAGUUGCUCUCGGAAAGGCUAAAAGAUCUGGAAGACAGCACACUCAGAAAUAUCAGAACAGUGAAAAGACAAGAAGAAGAGGAUCUUCUGCGAGUCGAGGAGCAGCUGGGCUCUGAUGCAAAAGCAGUUGAAAAGUUAGAAGAGGAACAGCAUGCUCUCUUGGCCAGAGAUGCAGACCUGACUAAUAAGCUUUCCAACUACGAACCCAAAGUUGAGGAAUGCAAGACACAUUUGCCAACCAUUGAAAGUGCAAUUCGCUCUGUUCUCAGAGUCUCUCAGGAUCUGAUGGGGACAGAAAAGAAAAUGGAAGAUUUAACUCUGCAGAUGUUUAAUAUGGAAGAUGAUAUGCUGAAAGCAGUAUCUGAGAUCAUGGAAAUGCAGAAAACUCUUGAAGGACUUCAGUACGACAACAGCAUAUUAAAGAUGCAAAAUGAACUGGACGUUCUGAAAGGAAAAGUUCAUGACUUUAUAGUAUAUUCGAGUGCAGGAGAAAAGGGAACUUUAAAAGAACGUAAUCUAGAAAAUAAAGGAAUUGAUAGUGACCUUUAAAUGCACUACAUUUAUUCUGAUGAACCAUAUUAUUAUACAUCAAUUUAUUAGUUCCAUGCUUUUGUGUUAUUUUGAUAUGUCUCACUUACCCUACAUUAUUGGAAAAGAAGUGAGAUGUCCACAGAAAUGUAUUAUCCAGACAAUCAAAGCUUAUCUCUAAGCAAUACAACUUAUUCCGUUUUAAUCAUUUUAAAUAGAAAUAAUUCUAAAAUAUAUACAUAUAUCUCUACUUUUUAAAAAGCAAUAUCCUUAAUAUUUUUCAUGUUUUUCUAAUUAAUGGUCAUUAUUAUGAAUUUCACCCAUUGGACCCAAAUAUUUUAAUAUCUCUAGUAGCUAAUGAGGGGUGUUUACCUCCUCCCUAAGUGACCCCAGUUUGCUAUCUUUCAAACCUUAUGUCUACUUCUUAUAUCUCUUCUGUCACCUGGAAAGGUGACCCACUGAUCUGUUACUGUCAGGUGCGUCGGUGAAGUGCCAGCCUCAGCCAGGCCUUCAUUUCCUUUGUAAUUUACUACAGGCUAAGAAUCCAGACCACAGAGUUCAUAGGAAUUUUGUUUAUUAAAAAAAUAACAUGCCCAAGAGCAAGAUUGGGGUACUUUGCUAUGCAUUAAUAUGCACUUUUUGAAAACUGUGGAGCCUUGGAAAUGUUUUUA